UAUAGGUUGUCACUUCCCCAUGAAUCUACGAUAUCUGUCUUUUGGUGUGGCAAAUUAAACGUCAAUUGGAUCUAGAUAAUUUUCUCAGAUUUUGCUCCAUCCUUGAUUUUCGAUAUUGAUACCAAGUUAAAAUGAAAAUUAAACUAACAGCUAACAUUAAUAAUCCACCGAUAAGUGGCUUGGCAACUGCUCAUCUUAUCAACGAAACCGUACCAAUUGAAAUAGUGUGGGGCAACGAAACUUCUUUGAAGUUCCCGGACAAUCGACACCUUUUUUGUCACUCAAACAAUGAUGUGCUGCGGGCACUGGCACGUGCUGCACCGGAAUAUCAACUAUAUGGAAAAACUGCCAUCGAAAGAACACAAAUUGACCACUGGUUAUCAUUUUCACUAACAUGCGAAGACGACAUCUCCUGGGCGUUUUCAUUUCUCGACAAGUCAAUUGCACCUGUAACUUAUUUGGUAGCUAACAAAUUAACUAUAGCAGAUUUUGCCCUAUUUAACGAGAUGCAUGCACGUUAUGAGUUCCUUUCAAAGAAAGGUAUUCCACAGCAUGUUCAGCGAUGGUAUGAUCUCAUAAAUGCACAGCCAUUUAUCCAGAAAGUCUUGCAGACUUUGCCCGAAGAGGCUCGCGCAGCAGCAAAACAUACUAAACGCAGCAAUGGUGUUAAACUAAGCGAUUGCGAAAAUUCAGUUCUGCCUGGGUCAACGAAAACGAAUGAGCGCAAACAAGAGGGUAAAUUCAUUGAAUUACCUGGUGCAGAGAUGGGAAAAGUUGUUGUGCGUUUUCCACCGGAAGCGUCUGGCUAUCUGCAUAUUGGACACGCUAAAGCAGCAUUAUUAAACCAAUACUAUGCUUUGAACUUCAACGGAAAACUAAUAAUGCGAUUCGACGAUACAAAUCCUGCUAAGGAAACGGUUGAGUUUGAAGAAGUCAUUUUAGGAGAUGUCGAACUAUUGCAAAUCAAACCGAAUCUCUUUACUCAUACGUCCAACUACUUUGAUUUAAUGUUGCAAUAUUGCGAGCAGAUGAUUACAGAGGGAAAAGCAUAUGUAGACGAUACACCUGCGGAACAAAUGAAACUUGAGCGGGAACAGCGAAUUGAAUCAACCAAUCGUUCAAAUGAUGUUGAAAAAAAUCUAUUACUGUGGCAGGAAAUGAAAAAUGGCACUGAAAUUGGACAAAAAUGCUGCGUUCGUGCAAAAAUUGACAUGUCUUCACCAAAUGGUUGUAUGCGGGAUCCAACAAUAUAUAGAUGUAAGAACGAACCUCAUCCACGCACGGGAACAAAAUACAACUCGCAUAUCUCUACUAAUUCUGUAUGGAUGGCUAACAACUAUUCCCCAGUUCAGAACGAUGUUUUAUCUGCAGUCCGGACCGACGACGCCUCUACUUUAGAUCAACAGAUUAUAAAGCAAGGUGAAAAAAUACGCGAUCUUAAAGCCAAGAAAGUUUCCAAAGAUAAAAUCGAUCCAGAAAUACAAAAGCUUAUAGCUCUUAAAGCUGAUUACAAAGUAGCUACAGGCACAGAAUGGAAACCAGGUCAAACAGCGGCUGUAAACAUUGCUAAUACAGGUUGUACUGUUGAGAAAUCAGUCAGUGAAGAUAUUGUCAAGCUAGGAAAUCUGAUACGUGAUUUAAAAGCGAAGAAGGCGUCAAAGACUGAAAUAGACACUCAAGUUAAGGCGCUUCUUGAUUUAAAGGCCAAAUUCAAAGCAUUAACUGGUAACGAGUGGAAGCCAGUUGAUGUAGUUUCACCUUCUGCUCCACAAUCAAAAAACAGUUCAGGUGUUGAGGAAGUACUCAAAAAAAUUAAUACACAAGGCGAUAAAGUGCGCCAACUUAAAUCACAAAAAGCUGACAAAGUGGUGGUUGAAGCGGAAGUAAAAACGCUACUAGCUCUUAAAACCGAAUAUAAAGAACUUACAGGAAGCGAUUGGAAGCCAGGUGUUGUAGCACCAGCGACUAUUAAGAAGGAGAAGUCUCCAGAUCCACCAUCAACUGUUGCAGUUAGAGAUUUGCUAACGAAAAUCAAUGCUCAAGGGGAUAAAGUGCGCAGUUUAAAGAACACUAAAGCGGAAAAAAAUUUAAUAGAAGAUGAAGUCAAGCUGUUAUUAGCACUCAAAACAGACUAUAAGAGUCUUACAGGACAAGAUUGGAAACCUGGGACAGCGCUUCCUCUUACAGCAGCUGAUGGUCCCGUUAAAAUUGACUUAACGCGCGACGAAAGCCCAGACGCCAAUGCACUUCUAAUACGAAUUCAAGUUCAGGGCGAAAAGAUACGAAAAUUAAAAUCCGAAAAAUAUCCAAAGCAAACGAUUGACGCUGAAGUGCAGUCGUUAUUAGCACUAAAGGCGGCUUAUAAGCAACAAACCGGUACAGAUUGGACACCCAACACCAAAGUUCAACCUAACGCAAUUUCUGUCACCCAAAAAUCUCCAGUAACUAUGUCUUCUUCACCAGAAAAAGAGCUACUCACAAAGGAGAUCAAUGAACAGGGAGAUAAAGUACGUGCCGCCAAAUCUAAUAACCUUCCUAAGGAGAUGAUUGAUGCUGAAGUGAAAAAAUUGCUGGCGCUCAAAGCGAAAUACAAAGAAGUUACUGGAACUGACUUCCCAACCGCUGGCGGACGUGGCAGUAGCAGCUCCUCAAAGAAAGGAAGUGAAAAAAAGGCUCCAGCUACAAAGAAGGAAACAACAACAUCAAAAGAAGAGACUGUUGCGAAUGUGGCGGGGCUUAAAAAGCAAACCCGUUUGGGACUUGAAGCUACGAAAGAGGAGAAUCUUCCCGACUGGUACUCACAAGUCAUUACAAAAGGGGAAUUAAUCGAAUACUACGAUGUCUCUGGUUGUUAUAUACUACGUCAUUGGUCAUUUGCAAUUUGGAAGUUCAUAAAAUCGUGGUUCGAUGCUGAGAUCACCAAAAUGGGUGUGAAAGAGUGUUAUUUUCCUAUUUUCGUUUCGCGAGCGGCACUCGAAAGGGAGAAGACUCAUAUCGACGAUUUUGCGCCAGAAGUCGCAUGGGUGACGAAAUCCGGCGACUCUGACUUAGCUGAACCAAUUGCUGUGCGACCUACCUCCGAAACCGUUAUGUAUCCGGCUUACGCAAAAUGGAUUCAAUCCUACCGCGACUUGCCUCUUCGCCUAAACCAAUGGAACAACGUUGUGCGCUGGGAAUUCAAACAUCCUCAACCAUUCCUGCGUACGCGCGAAUUUCUCUGGCAAGAGGGUCACACAGCUUUCGCCACUAAAGCAGAAGCCGAUCAAGAAGUCUUAGAAAUUCUAGAUCGUUAUGCGCAAAUCUACACAAACCUCCUUGCGAUCCCUGUAGUCAAAGGUCGUAAAACUGAGAAGGAGAAGUUCGCCGGUGCAGACUAUACCACGACUGUAGAGGCUUUUAUUUCGGCAUCAGGUCGUGCUAUUCAAGGCGGUACCAGCCACCACUUAGGUCAGAAUUUCUCGAAAAUGUUCGAAAUUGUGUAUGAGGACCCGGAAACGCAGCAAAAGCAAUUCGUAUACCAAAACUCGUGGGGUAUAACAACGCGGACUAUAGGCGUUAUGAUUAUGGUACAUGGAGACAAUCAGGGAUUGGUAUUGCCGCCACGUGUUGCUUGCAUUCAAGCCAUUAUUGUGCCUUGUGGUAUAACGGUUAACACUAAGGAAGAAGAACGUGAACAACUGCUGCAAGCAUGUAAAAAAAUCGAAAACCAGUUGAACACAAAAGGCAUCCGCUGUGAAGGAGACUAUCGGGACAAUUAUUCCCCCGGGUGGAAGUUCAACCACUGGGAAUUGAAGGGAGUACCACUGCGCAUUGAACUUGGUCCGAAAGAUAUGAAAGCCAAUCAGUUAGUGGCAGUACGUCGUGACACGGGUGAGAAACUGAUUUUGGCUUUGGAAGAUGUUGAGUCUAAGAUCAGCCAACUGUUAGAAACAAUUCACGAUAGCAUGCUGGCGAAAGCGAAAAAGGAUAUGGUUGAUCAUACGAAAAUUACAAAGAUUUGGAUAGAUUUCUGCAAAUUUUUGGACGCUAAACACAUUCUCCUUUCACCAUUCUGUGGCGAAAUCGGAUGCGAAGAAAAAAUCAAGGCUGAUAGUGCAAGAGACGAGGAGUCAGAACCCGGAGCACCAGCUAUGGGCGCUAAAUCGCUCUGUAUUCCUUUUGACCAACCAGCGACAAUCACUCCGGCCGACAAGUGUAUUCAUCCAAGUUGCACUAACAAACCUAAGUUCUAUACGCUAUUUGGCCGCAGUUACUAAACACAAAUUGAAAUCUAGACAAACUUAUAAGCAAAUGCUCAAUGAAAGAAUUGAAUAAAUAAUAUUACGAAUUGUUUACUUUA